GGGAGAGCGGGGCGGGAGUCUGUGCUCGGCCCUUUCUCCCCGCGGGGGCUCCGGAUGGCGUGACUCCGGGAUGGAGAAGUCCAAGAACUUCCGCAUCGACGCCCUCCUGGCCGUGGACCCCCCCAAGACGGUGGCCCCGGCGGCCCAGACCUCUCCGCUGGCCUUGGUGACCUCCCUGGGGGGGCCCAGCCCGGGAUCCAGCCCCGGGGGGUCGCGCCCCGCCAGCCCCUCGCCGCCGCCCCCGAGGGCGCUGCACUGCGGGCUGGUGCCCAAGCCGGGCUUCCUGGGCCCCGGCCUGCCCCCGCCGCCCCCGCAGGCCGCGCUCUACGGCCCGCCGCCCAUGUACGCCUACCCGGCUGCGGCAGCGGCGGCGCUGGCCUCGCAGCACCCGGGCCUCUCCUACGCCUACGGGCCCCCCGCCCACGCCCACGCCCUCCCCGCCGCCGGCGCCCCCGAGCCCCUCAAGCUCGGCCCCGCAGGCACCUUCCAGCUCGACCAGUGGCUCCGCGCCUCCACCGCCGGCAUGAUCCUCCCCAAGAUGCCCGACUUCAGCUCCCAAGCGCAGUCCAACCUCCUGGGCAAAUGCAGGAGACCCCGCACGGCCUUCACCAGCCAGCAGCUGCUGGAAUUGGAGCAUCAGUUCAAGCUGAACAAAUAUUUGUCCCGACCCAAGCGCUUUGAGGUGGCCACCUCCCUCAUGCUCACCGAGACCCAGGUGAAGAUCUGGUUCCAGAACCGGCGCAUGAAGUGGAAGCGGAGCAAGAAGGCCAAGGAGCAGGCAGCCCAGGAAGCAGAAAAGCAGAAGGGAGGAAGUGCUGGCGAAGACAAAGGGGGAGAGGAGGUGCAACAGUCCAACGCGACCCCUGAGAAAAGCAAUGGGGGGCGGUGCAUGCGAGAGCUCAGGGACAGUGACCCAGAGGAAGAGGAGGACGAGGAGGACGAGGAAGAAGAGGAUGAAGAGGAAGAGCGGCCUGGACACUGCUGCCCUUACGGCUCUCCUGACUGUUCUGAUGGGGAGGAGGCAGCCAGGCAGCCCCACGGCAGGCAUGGGGUAGCCCACCCACCACUGCCCCCGGCCCCAGCACCCUGAAUGCUCAGCUCCCACGGAGACAGGAGUUCCUGCCUUGCUUUGGUUUACAAGAAGAACCUAAUUCUCAUUCUCCUGAGACAUCUUCCACUUCAAAGAUUAUCAUCUGCUGUCCAAGUAUCUCCUGCGCCUAGCUUGCUGUUCCAUCAGAACUCAACCCAGAGCUGCCAGAUUUUGCCACCUUGUCUUAGAAAGCCACGAUUCCACAUUGGCAGUCUCCGCUUUCCUUGCCCCAUUCCUGCCCCCAUCUCAGACUAUCACAGGAGACUUCAGUUGUCACAUGGGAAUCACAAAGCAAUGCUUUCUGAAGAACAUUUUGGUGGAAGUACAUGACCAGCAAAGUCAAAAAGGCUUGGAAAUCGAAGUACUUCACCAGCUUGUGACUGCUGGACUCCACAUUUUCAAGGUUCCUGGCGUUUCUUCUUUCAAUAUCCUUUUCAAAAAUAUGAAAACGGUAUUGCCUUGAGAUGGAUGCUGUGAAGUCACAAGAUGCUUUCAGGCACCAAAGGGGAAAAGCCGGCUUCUGGAGCAACAUCUCCAAAGCCACAACUAACAAACUAAAUAUAAUAUAAGAUAUUGGUAACAUCAAACCAGAAUAAUCUCUGACCCACUCACCUUGCUUUUUUUUUUUAACUAAGUAUCCUUAGUAAGUCUGCUUUGUCUUUGUUCUUGUGCCGGCAGGACUGCUGACUGACAGGUCAGCAGUUCAAAUCUGGGGAGAAUGGGUGAGCUCCCGCUAUCAGCUCCAGCUUCCCAUGUGGGGACAUGAGAGAAGCCUCCUACAAGGAUGGUAAAACAUCAAACAUCCGGGUGUCCCCUGGGCAACGUCCUUUCAGACAGCCAAUUCUCUCACACCAGAAGUGACUUGCAGUUUCUCAAGUCUCUCCUGACAUGAAAAAAAAAUCCUUUGUCUGGGACUUUUGCUUUCGGAUGGCUCAGUGUACACCAACGUUGUUACAUGCACAAAAAUAUUUAAAAUAUUGUGCAUAAAAUUGCCUUCAGGCUAUGUGUAUAAGGUGUAUAUGAAACAUAAAUGAAUUUUGUGUUUGGACUUGGGCUCUAUAUAUGAAUGUAUAUGCAAAAUAUACAGGUAUUGCAAAAUUGGAAGAAGUCUGAAACCAAUAUCACUUUUCAGAUGAGUGAUUUUCAGUCUGUAACCCCUUACUUUUCUGUGUCAGUAAAAGUGAAGAGUGUUGCCUUAGAAGACCCUCCACAAAACAGUGUCAAAAGACUGAACCGCAGUGUCAGAAGGCAACACUAGAUACUUGACAUUCAUUUUCUUCAAUAGCACUGAAAGUUUUUGCAUUCAUCCCAUAACAGACAAUCUGCGAAAACCUUACACCACAAAGGUUGGAACUGCUGGGAAUCUCGGGAGGACUGUAUUGCUUAUUUUUGUACAUUGUAUUUAUAAAGAGAGCGAGAGAAAGAGAAAUACCUCUGCUUAUGCAUGCUAAGUUAUUAACCGGCUUCUCCUAAUGUUCCAAUGGUAUGUAAAAUAAACAGUUUUAUACAUAGCUCUGAAUAUGUUUAUUGAAGUUAAGAAGCUGUACAGGUUUUGUGCUGGGAAUAUAACAAAGGGGAAAGUUCCUAUUCCUUGGAGGGUUCAGAGGAGGGAACUUCUGGAAUAUAAUUUCUCAUGUGGCACAAAAAAGUAACCUUUUCCACAAUAAAAUACAUGCUAGAGACUCAUUGCACCCUAUCACUUCUGAUAGAACUUGAAGAAAUCAGGGGGGAAAAAAUCAGAGGAAAGGCAAAGCCCAUUUGGGAAACAUGUGUGGGAAGGAAUCCCUCAACUUAGCCCUGUUUCUAGUCUAGGUACUCAUUGAGGACUGGAAACUUGAUGACACAAGAGACUUGUGCAAUUCAGGGAUGAAACCCAACAGAGUGAAACACUAAUUUUUAUGGAGGUCAGGCCAAAAUAGAGUUUAGAAUACAGCUUUCUUAGGAGGAAGGCUCCUGCCUAUAUAUCUGAUAAGUUUCAGGCAAGAAUUUAACAGGUAAAGCCUUCUAAUAACUACUUAGGGGUGGGCUUUAGUACAGCAGGUUAAAGCACCAGCUGUGGUACAUCUUGUCAAUCAAAGGUUGACAGUUUGAAGCCCGGGUCAUGGUGAGCUCCUGGCCUUUAGCCCUGCUUCUGCCUACCUAGUGGUUCGAAAGCAAAACGUGAGUAGAUAAAUAGGUACUGCUUUGAAGAGCGGGGAGGUAUUUUAAGGCAUCCAUCAGGAAAUGCCAGAAAAAUGCCAGCCAUUCAAUUAAGGAAGAAAGUUGACGAACAAAGUUCUUCAGCAGAGAGCUAGAGCAACAGCACACUUCCCCCCCCCCUCCAGCCAGAACAAGCCUCCAAGAUGCCGAAGAUGGGAAAAGCCUAUAUAUACCUCUAUGUACAAUUGUCUGUCUUGUGAGUGUAUAAACGGCAUUGAAUGUUUGCUGCAUAUGUAUGUUCUGUGAUCCGCCCCAAGUCCUCUUUGGGAUGAGAAGGGUGGAAUAUAAAUACUGUAAAUAAAAUACUUUUCUUCUUUU